AUGUCUGACGACAAGCUGUUCAAGCCCCCCACGGCUCCCAAACCCUCACAGAAGUCUGUCAUCAAAUCCCCAGUUGCCAAAACACCACCUCGCAAUAGACAGAAUAUCGUUUCCAGUUCACCAGUUAUGGAUGAAAAUAUGCCAUCAAUAACAAGACCCAGAACUCCAGCUUUCGGCAGACGCAAAUUCACAGAGCUGAAAAUGAUCUCCCAAGAUCCCGAUAUUUCGGGCCAGGUUGGCCAGGAUCCGUUCGUGAAGUCGGAGUUAGUCUUUGGCUUAAAUGAUUUGACCUUCACGCCUUUCUUGAGUAACCGGGAUGUAGCUUUUGUCUUCUUCUAUGACCCGACUGAUUCGGAAAGCCAUUGGUGCAAACCACGUGUGGCUAAGGCUGCGGAGACGACGAAGCGAGCCAACCAUGUUUACGCUGCUGUCAACUGUAUGGAAAACCCGAUCCUCUGCUACCGCCAGAGUGCCCAAACUCUGCCCACCUACAUCGUCUACUCUAAGGGCACGAAAGUGCGAAAGAUCAGAGACACCGCUGAGAUUACUUCUGUUAACAUGAAAGCAUACGUGGAAAGUGCCCCAGUGAGUGAAGGCGCCAAGACCAGAAGGCCAUUAGGUCUGCUCCGGGUUGCCUGA